AUGGCUAGUUCAAGCAACUCAUUAGAAAUCAAAGUUCCAAUCUUCAGUGGAAAGAACUUCGACUUCUGGAUGAUCAAGAUGAGAACCAUGUUCAUCUCACAUGAACUAUGGAGUUAUGUGGAUGAAGGCUAUACAGUUCCAGAAAUUGAAAACAUGUCCAAUACUAAAAAAUUGGAGCUGAAGACAAACAUAAAGAAAGAUGCAAAAGCUCUAGGCAUACUGCAAAACUCAGUCUCAAAUGAGAUCUUUCCAAGAAUAUCAAAUGAAGAAACAACAAAAGCAGCUUGGAAUGUUUUGUUGCUUGAGUUCAAAGGCUCAGAAAAAGUUAGAGCUGUUAAACUUCAAUCUUUGAGAAGAGAUUUUGAGUAUACUAGAAUGAAUGAAACUGAGCUGCUAAAUGAUUACAGUACUACAUUGACUGAUGUAGUAAACCAAAUGAAAGCCAAUGGUGGACAUAUUUCAGAGAAAAGAAUAGUACAAAAGAUCCUUAUGAGUCUAAAUAGAAAAUAUGAUGCUAUAAUCUGUAUUAUAGAGGAGACUAUUGAUAUGGAAACUCUUGGUGUUCAAGAUGUGAUGGGGACACUUAAGGCUUUUGAUCAGAGGUUUGGUCAUGUCAAGAAGGAUUGUAACUACAAAGGAAAUCAACAAGCAAACUCCAUUGAAGAACAGUGUGAUACCAACAUGUUCUCUAUCAGCCAUGCUGCAACUGCACGAGUGAGAAUGUGCAUGUCACUUGUUAAUAGUGCUUGCAGUAAUCAUAUGACUGGGAAUGCUAAUCUUCUAUAUGAUAUUGACAACAACAGCAUCACUAAAGUGAAGAUGGGAAAUGGAAUGUUGGUUGACACAAAAGCCAAAGGAAGAAUUGCAGUGGAAACCAAAAAUGGAAAAAUAUUCAACAGGGAUGUUAUUCUCAAAUUUGCUAAGUGUUGGUCAGCUGAUUGA